AUGGCCGAAGCUGCUCUCAAGCCGGAGAAGGACUUCUCCAAGCAGGUUGACGAGCUGCUUCCCAAGGCCGAAGAACUCGCCCAGGUACAUAUCUUCUACCACGAUACCGACUUGCAAGGGGCUGUUGAAAAGCUCGGCGCCCUCGAGAAACAAACACGUCAGGCAUCCGAUCUUGCAUCCACAUCGCGAGUACUCAUCGGGGUCGUUACGAUAUGCAAAAAUGCGGGCGAUUGGAGCUUGAUGAACGACCAAGUCCUGGUGCUCUCCAAGAAGCAUGGGCAGCUCAAACAGGCCAUCACCCGAAUGGUUCAGACCGUUAUGAAAUUCCUCGAUGAGACGCCUAACCUAGAAACGAAGCUUUCCGUCAUCGAAGCCCUGCGUACCGUCACCGAGGGCAAGAUUUUCGUCGAAGUCGAGCGUGCGCGCGUGACCAGAAUCCUCUCCGAUAUCAAGAAGGAACAGGGCGAUGUAAAGGGUGCCACCGAGGUUCUCUGCGAGCUUCAAGUCGAAACCUUUGGCUCUAUGGAUAGGAGGGAGAAGGUCGAGUUCAUCCUGGCCCAGGUCGCCCUCUGCAUUGAGAUUGGCGACUGGACCCAGGCGGGCAUCCUCAGCCGCAAGAUCAGCACCAAAUACCUCGCGCGAAAACUAAAGAAGACUGCCGAGCAGCUCGAGAAGGAAAAGAAGGAAAAGGAGAAGAGGAGGCUUCGAGGAGAGGAUGUUCCCGACGAAGUUGUGGAUGACGUGACGGAUCUCAAGCUCCGAUAUUACGAGCAACAAAUCAUCCUGGCCAAGCAUGACAGCAAGUACCUUGACGUCUGCAAGCACUACAGACAGGUCCUGGAUACGGAGGCUGUGGAGGAGGACCCUUCCAAACUUCAUCCGGUUCUGCAACGAAUCAUUUACUUCGUCAUCCUUGCCCCCUAUGAUAAUGAGCAGCACGACCUCCUACACCGAAUUCUCCGGGACACCCGAAACUCUCAAGUUCCCCUUGAUGCCGAGCUCCUGAAGCUUUUCACCGUCCACGAACUUAUGCGCUGGCCCGAGGUCUCGAAGAAGUUUGGACCUCAUCUCUGCGACACGGACGUCUUCGAUGUCAAGGAGGGCUCCGACGAGGAGGCCCAUCAGCGAUGGAAGGAUCUCCGAAAGCGAGUCAUUGAGCAUAACGUCCGUGUUGUUGCCAAGUACUACACUCGUAUCCAGAUGGGCCGCCUCACUGAGCUCCUGGAUCUCGCCGAGGACGAGACGGAGAAGUAUAUCAGCGAGCUGGUCACAUCCAAGACCGUAUACGCCAAGAUUGAUAGGCCUGCGCGGAUUGUCAGUUUCGCCAAGCCUCGUGAUGCGGACGACAUCUUGAACGAGUGGAGUUAUAACAUGAAGAGCCUAUUGGGCUUGCUCGAAAGGAUUGACCAUCUCAUUACCAAGGAGGAGAUGAUGGCUAAUAUCCAAGCCAAGUCAAAAAGGCGAGGGGCUGACAAGGACUUCUGA